GAAUUAUCCAAAAGAAGUAUCCACCUGUGGCUCUCCUCUGUAGUUUUCGUUUUUUUCAAAUUCUCCACAAACCAAAAAUGAACUCUUUCUAUCCUUCAUCAUCAAAUUAUACCAAUUAACAUCAACCACUAGCACUAGCCCUCCCACUCUUCCGCCAUGAAUGACACAGUAGACAAGCUAGUAAUCUUCUUAGCAAAAAGAGAUGGCAUUGACAAGCUUGUCAAGACUUUCCAGUACGUAUCGAAGCUAGUUCACUGGCAUGCAGAAGCCACGAGCCCAGAUAUUGCAAAUAGGUUUAAGCAAUGGGAAGUUGCUUCAGGUCUUAGUAGAAAAGCUUUUAGAACUGGAAGAUUCCUCACUGGCUUUAAUGCAAUAAGAAGAAGCCCUGGUUCAAGCCCAGGUUUUAGGUUCUUAUCCGUUCUUGCUAAUGCAGGAGAAAUGGUCUAUUUCUUUUUUGACCAUUUUCUUUGGUUAUCAAGAAUUGGAACUUUGGACGCGAAGUUGGCAAAAAAGAUGAGCUUCAUUUCAGCUUUUGGUGAGUCUUUUGGGUAUAUAUUUUUUAUUAUAGCUGACUUUAUUAUUAUCAAAGAAGGAAUAAGGGCAGAAAGAAAGCUUGUUUCUUCUAAAGAAGAUUCAAAAGAAGUGAAAGAUAAUAUAAGAAAGAUUAGAGCAGACAGAAUUAUGAGGUUCAUGGCAGUUGCGGCUAAUAUUGCAGACUUGAUUAUUGGAUUGGCUGAAAUUGAACCCAACCCAUUUUGCAACCAUACUGUCACUCUUGGGAUUAGUGGAUUGGUCUCUGCUUGGGCUGGUUGGUAUAGAAAUUGGCCUUCGUAGAUAUGAAAUCAUAAACAUCACAGCCUAAUUGGUGUUAUCUGCUAUGGAACUGCAAUCCAAUCAUCAUCAUAGCGAUUGAAUUACUAUAUUGCACCAACUGCACGGUUGAGUUAAUUUUAUUUUAUAUAAUAUAUAGUUUUUCUUCUUUUUCUUUUGUUGCUCCA